UAUGCACAAGCAUUUGAUCAUCUAACUGUGAAAAGGUUUACUCUUUUCUCUCCUUUCUUUGCAGCCAAACUGAUCAUCAGAAGAGAAGACAGAACAAGCAAUGAAGUUACUAGGCUGGAUGCACCGGAAGUUCCGGCAGAAUGGUUGUGAAGCAAUGAAAGAUCUUGCCAUUGGGAACUCCUGCAGUACUUGUCUGACUGGGCAGCCAUCGCUGGACGACCAAAAGCCAAACUUCUAUAACAACAAGCCAUUCAAGUUCAACCAGAAAGACCAACUUCGGAACUCUUUCGCUAGUUUCGAAGCAGCAGCUGAAGAAGAAGAAUACUAUGAAGAAGAACCAUCGGAAGCGAUAACAGAACUCUUUCAUGGUUUCCUUGCUAUUGGAACACUUGGUUCAGACCCUAUCAACACGGACCCUUCCACACCUACCUUCUCAUUCUCUGUUGAGAACAUAACUGAGAAGGAAACUGAAGCAACCGAGAACGAAUUGAAGCUGAUCAACGAUGAACUCGAGAAGGUUCUUGUAGCUGAGGAUAGUUCCAACAUUUCAUCUGGGAGAACUAGCCAUGUCAGCAAUGGAAGGAGUAGCCAUGGAAGUACUAUUACUCUCAGUGGCAAAAUCCUUGAAGCUCAGGACACUACUGAAAGCAAUGUCUGUCCUCUCCAGGGCUAUCUGUUCGGGUCCGCUUUCGAGCUUUCGGAGACGACAAGGACUUCUGUGGCAAAGAAGGAGAACAGGACUUCACUUGGUGAGCUGUUCCAGAGGACUAAGAUAGCAGAGGAUAAUUUUGGAGGAGCUAAAGUGGACAAGGAAGAUAAGAGGAGUGACAAGGAAGCAGGAGCAACAGCUGAUAAAUCUGCUGUGAACCUGAUGAAGAAGAUACUCAAGAAGAAAAUGCUUCACGCUUCUUCAAGGAACUGCUCCACUACUUCCACUGUUGAUUCUGCUUCAGCAGAAACCAAACUCAACAAGAUACUACAAAUGUUUCACAGGAAAGUUCACCCUGAGAACUCAACAACUACAAAGAAUCAGCAUGGAAAACCAUCUAAAACUGAGAACAACAAGAAUGGUGGUCAGAACAAUGGAGGUAAUCAUCAGGUGCUCCCAAAUGAAGAAGGAAUCACUGCAAUGAAACCUCAGAGAACACUUUCAAAGGGAAGCAUGAGGCGCUACAAGAGCCAAUCCAACCCUCCCCAGUUUUCUCUUAGUGACUCAAAUGGGAACAGGGAGUGCUGGAUCAAAACAGAUGCAGACUAUCUUGUGUUGGAGCUGUGAAGAGAAGCAGCAGCAAUCAAGCAAAUGUCUUUUAAAUGGUCAAGGCUAGUAACUAUGAAGUGUCAUUCUACUUGGAAGAAUAUACUUGGUGUGUGAAUGUAUUGUGUUAUAAAGAGUUUGAGGUAAAUAAAAAGGGGGUUCUCCCGGGAACCUACCUAGCUAAGAGAAAUCAGUUGGAAUAUUAUGCUUCCUUUCUUCCUGUAUUAAACAUAUUUUAUUUCUAUCAAGAUGAACUCUUUAAACUCUUGAAAUCAUGGGUUUGGAAAGAAUAGUGGGUUUUUUUUUUUUCUACAUUCUCCCAAUCAUGCCCCUAUCUGGCAUCCUCCCUCCAGCACCAUAUAUGGUGCAAUUAGCACAAGAUACAAACAUUCGACAAAUUGGAAAGGUAACAAUUUCAGCAAAGACUCAAUAGCUUUAGGAGUCGUCGAUCUAAAGAAGUUCAUUGUCACCUUCUUCUCCUAAGGAUAUCAUU